AUGAAUUGUACGAAAUUGUUAACGAACGAAGGAGUGAUUGACUUGUGGCAGGAGGAACUGCGGACCAUGCCGAAACGAUAUAAAAGGGGCAAAGCAUUUCCAAUCUCCUUCAGCUUUGUCCUCGUCGACGCAGUUACACUUCCCCUAGCCACUGACAUGAUUUCGAGCUCUGUUCGCACCAUCUUGCUUACUCUUGCCUCUUUGGCGGUCGUUGCGUCGGCAGCUCCUUCGCUGUUGCUCGAAGUCACCGGCCCAGCGAGCGUCUCGGAUGUCGAAAACUUGAAGAUUCUUACGACCAUCACCAAUACCGGCGAGGAGACCCUCAAGGUCCUCGACGAUCCCCGCGGCGCUCUCUCGCAGAUGCCCACUGACACUUUCGUCAUCACGGAUGGAAAAGGCGUCCGACCUGCCUUCAAGAUUCUUGUCCCCGGUCAGUCCCUUGAAGUUGAGCACAACCUCGGAGCGGCCUACAACUUCACAUUCUCCGGCUCCGGCGCCUACGACAUUCGGGCUUCCAAUUUGUUUUAUAUCGUCGACCACGAUGGUACUGUGAGUACCGUGUACGCUGAACACCUCUCGGCGCACAAGGCACACGUCUCUGGAAAACUCGCUGUCGCUCGCCCUGACCUUAGCAAGCGCGCGACGUACAACGGUUGCUCCGUAGCCAGGCAGGACAUCCUCACCUCUGCUGCCAAAGCCGCCCAAACCUACACCUCGAGCGCGCUCUCAUACCUCACUUCGCACACCUCCACCUCGUCCCGCUACACGACUUGGUUUGGAACAUACAUUGCCGUCAGCGCCAUCAGCAACAACACGCUCUCCUCGUUCACGUACGAUUGCACCUGCACCAAGUCGAAUGUUUACGCCUACGUCUAUCCUAAUGUCUUCGGACGCAUCUACCUCUGUGGUGCUUUCUGGAAUGCACCGUUCACGGGAACAGACUCCCAGGCUGGAACCAUCGUCCACGAGUCGUCUCACUUCGAUGCGAAUGGCGGAACUCGGGACUACGCCUACGGGAAAUCAGCAUGCAAGUCACUGGCGAUCAGCUCCCCAGAAACAGCGGUAAAGAACGCCGAUUCUCAUGAUUUGUCAAUUUUGGCCUGGAAUAUCAAUGGACACCUCGCGCUGAAAAUAGCGCGUAAACGCUUCGUUGAUCUAAUUGUCGCCAAUGACAUCUGUAUCUUCCAGGAGACUUUUCUCUCUCCACGGCAAGAAGAAUGUCUUGUGCUUCCUAAAGGAUACCACGCCCUCUGCACAUCGCGUCCUCUCCGAUCGCGGGGCCGUCUCCCUGGUGGCGGUGUCGCCGCCAUCAUAAAGGACGAUGUCGCCUAUGACGUCUGCGACCUGGUCCUCGACUUACACUCCUUUGUCCUGAUUGGCACCUAUCUUCUUCCUGCUGGUUCCAACUGGCGGAAGUGGACGAAAAUUGACCCCGCCCGCCGACUCGCUGAAUGUGUCACCUUUUGCUCGAACAGCGAAGAUAAGCCCGUCCUCCUCCUCGGUGACUUGAACGCCCGGACGGGCUCACUUCAGGCAGAACACUCCGAGUUACAACACUGCUCAAACGACAUUGUUAGCAAUGCACGCGGGAAAUGGUUGAUCGAGCUGUGCAACACCAACUCUCUCCACAUCCUCAACGGGACUGCGAAAGAAGACUCCGCUUCCGGGAGCUGGACCUCCUUUCAACCUGCCGGACAAUCUGUCAUUGACUAUGCAGUCGGAGCAACAGCGCUACUCAACUCUGUUCUCCUCAUGCGGGCUGAGAGACUGUCGUCAUCGGAUGACCAUGCCUGCCUAUACAUCACUAUUGACGGUGGCUCAGUGCAACCUAUUGAGGACACCUCCCCAACUGUCCCCUCUUCCAAUCUCCUGCCUUCACCUUCUUCGUGGUCUGCCGUGGAUAAACAGCUCCAUGCCCUACUUAACAACCCCGUGUCCGAUUGUGACGCAAUUCUCAAACUCUACGGACCUGCCUACUUUCAUAGCAACCCUACCAAUAUUUGGGUCGCCUCCGUAGAAGUGCAGAAGGGCGUGGUGGGGGUAGCAUGUCACUGGAGGGAUGGAAAGUCAGAAUCCUUCAUAUGCCGGGGUUCUAUCGCUCUCGGUGUCCUGGCAGGGAUCUCCAGAGCUUUACUUCAUUCUCCCCCCAAUCGUCCUCUCUGGAUCUUCACCUCCUCUGAUGAGACAAUACGUACGCUGGCUUAUCGAGCUGGACGGCUGGCGUGGGAGGGAUGGUGCUGCAAAUAUGCGGAUUCGAUCAGAUUUGUGGUCGAUCUUAUCAUUAGCCGCUCCGCCUCCGUGGAUUUGAAGACGAUUAGGCUGCGUCGCCUGGAACCGAAUUGUGCCUGGAGCCAAGCAGUGAACAUUGCGAGCUCUGCCCAUCUCUUCGCUCAUGACGUCUCUUUCCCCCCGAAUGACGAUUCGGAUCGACUCGAUUGGAAACACCCCACCGAUAUCCCACCGAUUACCAACCGCCCUAAAGUCCUGGCCAAUAUCCCUGAGGACCCCAUCCAAGAGACGCCUACACGGUUGGACCUCCUCCCCCUUCAUGCUCCCACACUGCGCGAUGUUGAUCGAACUUCUGAAUCACAUCGUGGCCGAGCCGAGAGCAGGGACCUCAUGUGGGAGAACCUAAGGGAGCUUUUAGCUUGCGAGUCGAUAGCAGACUUUUGGGCACUCUUCAAGCGCUGGAAUGACCCGAAACCCACACAGCCCAAAAUCCGGUUAUUAACCCUGAAGGAAAAUUUUGCUGCCCGCAUGAAUCCGCCCUCAUCACUACCCCCUUCAUUCGACGCGUCUCUUUUCGCUCGACAUGAACUGACUAUGAAGGCCGUCCCUAUCCAUACCAUUGACAUCUCCCCUAAUCUACACUUCUCUCGCCCUUUCGCAACAGUAGAGGUUGACUGGGCAAAAACCCAUAUACGCAAGCGAGGGCUUCACAAGGCUAAGGGGAUCGAUGGCGUUGAUUAUUCCCAAAUCUUCGGUGUUGAAAGUGCAGAUUGGGCCGAUUUCUUUAACCUGUGCAUCUCCGAGUUCGACGCUCCAGGGAACUGGCUCACUACAUUACUUGCUGCGUUUCUCAAGCGCGGUAAAGACCCGAGCGAUCCUGACAGCUACCGACUCAUCGGCUGGGAGUGUGGGAUUCUCAAGAUGAUGAUGCUCAUGAAUGCACGCAGGCUCCGGGAUUGGAUGAACGAAAUGAAUAUCCUCCCACCAUCUCAGAACGGCUUCCGAGAAGGUUAUCGCACCACCAACUGCGCUUUCAUCCUACGCUGUGCUGUAGACCGGGCCCGGGCUGAGGGUAAAUCACUUCAUGUCGCCUUCGUGGACCUCAAGAAUGCAUUUCCAACCACCAAUCUUUCGACGCUGUGGCUAAAUUUCUAUAACAAGGGUGCUAAGGGUCCAAUAAUUGACUGGAUGCGAAUGCUUUAUAGCCGCAUGCAGUAUGCUGUCGUCACCGGUGCUGAACCAGGAUUCUGCUCCGAACCUUUCCGUUCACUAUGGGGCAUCCUCGCUGGCGAUACCGCCUCUCCCGACCUGUUCAACAUCAUGAUGUCAGACUUCAACCCACCCGCCCCCCGACAUGGCAUAUUCAUCGACGGCGAUUCCAUUUACCAUCUGGAACAAGCCGAUGACAUUCUCCUGAUGGCCACUGAGCUCCCGUGUCUUCAAGACCUCGUCCACUACACAGAAGAUUGGACCGGCGUGAAUUCCUUUAUCAUUAGCUCGACUAAGUCCUUGGGUGUGGUGUUUGGACCCCUUCCCCAAUCACUCUCCAACCUCUCCAUCGGCGAUGAUAACCUCAUAUUCACCGACUGCUUCAAAUAUGUGGGAAUUACCUUCUCAUCCACGGAAAGAUGCAUAUUUGCCCAGCACUAUCGUAACAAAGCGUCUUCAGCAUUGAACACGGCGUAUAACAUCAUGGGAUCCGAGGUCUAUAUGAGCACAGUUGACGCUGACCUCACAUUCGGCUGCGAAACCAUCAUCGACAUAGACCUUUCACUGCUGGCUCUCCUCGAGAAUGUCCAAGUGGAAUUUUUUCGUCUCCUCCUCGGUGUACAUGAUCGAUCGCCGCGUGCUAUCUUGUUCAUCGAAACUGGUGUGAUGCCUUUAAAAUACCGCAGAAUUGUCCUGGCCUUACGUUCGAUCCACAAACUCCUUACAAACAUCAAGAGCGAAUAUGCUUUGAGGGCUCUCCGGGAUUCCAUUCGACUCUGGGAAGAGGGCAAACCCUGCUAUAUUGGAGACAUACAUGUCCUAGCUAAUCUUCCCCUUCCGGUGUCGUUCCGCCCCUCCCAUAUUUCGAACCCCGAUUCAAUACCGAAUCUGAUCCAGGAGUCAACCCUCUCCCCAGCCGCUUACGAAGGUCAGCCUACCUCGAUGAAAUCCAUGUGCCUGCCUACCGAAAAGCACUCACCCUUCUACGCACAUCUUGCCAUUUCUUGGCAAUCGAAUGUCUUCGCUGGCGGGAAAGAGGACAAAAACCAGUACCUCGGCACCAUCGCCUGUGCCAAAGCCGAGAUACGUUCCGCACGCGAGGAGUUCUUCCUGACAGCCACUGAGAGAGUUCCGACGGUACCAGAUGACUUCGCUAGAUUGACACACGUCGACUUUCUUCGCUCUGUUUUGAAAACUCGAGUGCUGGAGUUUCCACUAGGCAGACUAGCCCAUCGUAUUUUCACCUUCUACGAUCGCUAUCCACCUUAUCUAUUACCACAGUACCGUGACGCUUAA